AUGAGUUCGGUUAAAAUUGUGCUUGUGCUUUUGGUGCUGUGUUGCGUCGAUAUGUUAGGAUCAGCGGAUGCACUCCAGCAGGAUGCUGAGGGAGUUUGCGUCGUGAAAACGAGUACCCGAAGAACCAGGGCGAAGACGUUCGCAGCGCAAAUAAAGAAAAUGUGCGGCAAGAGAAAAUGCGUGGUGAGGAAGACUAAAGUAGAGGUGUUCACUGUCACAAAAAACCAAACGGUUUGCUGCAAUGGAUAUGGUUACAGAAGCGAAGAUGAUUCUUGCACCCCACUCUGCAGUACUGGUUGCAACGGAGGCCGAUGCGUAGCCCCUGACGUGUGCCACUGCGACCCCCCAGCCACUUUAGACGAGGAGCACAAAAACGCAUGCAUCAUGCCCACGUGUGCACCACCAUGUGUGAACGGCGCAUGCGUUGCCAACGACACUUGUCAAUGUAACACCGGGUUCAUCGAGUACAACUCCACACAUUGCUACCAUUGCGACCCUGGCUAUGCGAUCGAUAUGACCUUCAACUGCGCUCCAAUUUGUGACCAACCGUGCGUCAAUGGACACUGUAUUGGACCAAACAUUUGUGGAUGCCCGUUUGGUUAUAAGCUUAAGGAUACAUUCACAUGUGAACCUAUUUGUGAUAGCCCUUGUAUAAAUUCCACAUGCACUGCGCCAAAUGUUUGUUCGUGUUUUCAAGGAUAUACGGAUGUAAAUAGUACUUGCGUUCCGCGAUGUAUUUCAUGUGACAAUGGACAAUGUGUUGGACCCAACGUUUGUGUAUGUAAUGACGGAUUUAUAAAGGCUGAUGGUGGUUGCCUACCAACAUGUGAUGAAACUUGUGUGAAUGGAGUUUGCUCGGGUCCGAACACCUGUUCCUGUAAUGAGGGUUAUGUAAAGGACAAUAGCAGUUAUUCCAGAUGUUUCAAACCGUGUAGUGGAGAGUGCAAAGAAGGGUGCGAUGAAAACGGGACAUGCAUAGAUUGCAGCGUGCCUACUAGAAUCAGAAAACAAGUCCGAGGGCGAGGUAAAACGCCAGUUAAGCCGACGUAUAAAUUAGUCUGCUGCGAUGGAUGGAUGUACGACGUGGCGACCCAAAAAUGUGUCUUCCACUGCAGAUUCGGUUGCGAGCGGGGCAAAUGUGUUGGACCGAACAAGUGCAGCUGCGACCCCCCGCUUAUAUUGGAGAACAAUAAAUGUGUGGACCCUGUGUGUGAUCCACCAUGUGUGAAUGGAAAAUGUGGGGGGAAUAACAUUUGUCUGUGUGACCCUGGCUACGAGAAAGUAAACACAACUCAUUGUGCACCAGUAUGUCUUCCUGGUUAUGAGCAUCCAUGCUUCAACGGAUCUUGUAAGGCUACCAAUAAUAUGACGGCAUGGGAUACUGACGCUGUUAACUCAGAUCUGUUUACUUGCAUACCUAAAUGUGCGCAGGACUGCAUUAAUGGUGCUUGCGUGGCCCCAGACGUUUGCAAGUGUCACGAGGGGUAUACAAACGAAAGUCAAUGGCAAUGCUCGCCGGUUUGCGAUUAUUGUGAAAAUGGAACUUGCGUAGCACCAAACGAAUGUCAAUGUUUUGAUGGGUAUUCGAAAAAAGAUGGUAAAACUUGCACACCGGAUUGUGAAACACCUUGUGAGCAUGGUGUGUGUACAGCACCAGAUGUUUGCACUUGUGAUUCGGGUUACGAACUGCAGUAUACCAUCACAAACAACAAUAUAACUCAAGAGACAUGUCAGCCAGUAUGUUCAGAAGUGUGCAUCAAUGGACAUUGCGAAUCACCUGAUACUUGCGCAUGUGAUCCAGGCUUCAUAAGAAAAGAUAUACAUCCAUCUAUUUGCUAUAAACUUUGCCCAGGUCUUUGCGAAAAUGGAGUAUGUACUCUUUCUGGAAAGUGUGAUUGUCAACGAGGUUAUGUCCUUGAAAAUGAAACCUGCAUAGCUAUGACACCAGUGAACUGUGAGACCUGUGGCGGCAACUGUACUACAGAAGACAUUUGCUGGUGUUCAAACGAUAGACCAUGUUUCUUCCCUGCGGAAGUGGAAUCAGCUGAAAUCGCUUCUUCCACCAUGUUAGCUGGCUUAGGACUGACUUGGAUGGUUGGAGGUGCGGUGGGUUUGUUGCUACUUAUUCUGGUAAUUGUGGUUAUCGGUCAGAUGUGGAGGAAAAGGAAAGAAUAUCCCACUAAUGAAGGAAAUAAUUUCAGCAGUGUGGCAUACACGGUUCCCAAUACUCUUUUAAAAGUCCGGGAGGAUAUCAAACCAGAAAAUGAUUACGAUGUAGUCGAUGACCAGGAUCCGACAAAAGCAGCCGGCGAAGCAUUACUCGAAGAGACAACAGUUAUUGAUGAUAAAAUGUACGAUUAA